AUGACGCUUGCCGUGGACGACUUGACUGAGAUCGUGAAGCAGAACGCCAAGUCUGCGGAGGAGGCACUGUCGAGAGUGAAGGAGGAUGGCCAGGCCGACGUGGAGUCCGCCGUGGCCACGCUUCGCAACGAGGUAAUGGGGGCACUCACCCAGGAGGAGGAAGCGCGCAACAGCGGGCACAACCAUCUCGAUGCCGGAUUCCCAGCACCUAUUCAAGGCCUCCACCAUCCGCCCGCUGACCAGGCAAGCUUGAUCUGA